AACAAUACUCUAUGGCUUGUAUGUUCAUAUAUAUGUGCAUAGUAUGAAGCACUUGUGCUUUGUGUUCAUGGUGGGAGUUUAUAGAACAAGUUAUUAGAAUGGGAUAUGGGGACCUUAUUAUACGAAGCUAUAACGCCCAGAAGGAUAGAGUUCGAGUGGAAGAUCUCGAGAGAAGAUGUGAGGUAGGCCCAGCUGAGAGAGGGUUUCUCAUCGCAGACACUUUGGGUGACCCCAUUUGCAGAAUCAAAAACAGUCCGGUUUACACUAUGCUGGUAGCCGAGCUGGGUAACCAGCUGGUUGGUGUCAUCCAGGGGUCUAUAAAGCUUGUAACACUUCAUAAACCUCCCAAGAAUCUAGCCAGGGUGGGGUAUAUCUUGGGUUUAAGGGUUGUGCCGCUUUAUCGGCGACGAGGGAUCGGGCUUAGGCUAGUGAUCGAAUUGGAAGAAUGGUUCAUUGCCAAUGGUGUUGAUUAUGCAUACAUGGCUACGGAGAAAGACAAUGAGGCCUCCUUCAAGCUUUUCGUGGACAAGCUAAGCUAUGUUGAAUUUCGGAAGCCGGCCAUUCUUGUAAACCCCGUUAGCCGUCGGAUUUUGAGGAUAUCGUCGAACUAUGAAUUCGAGAAGCUCAAGAUUGAAGAAGCUGAAUCCUUAUACCGUAAAUUCAUGUCGUCGAUGGAGUUCUUCCCGAACGAUAUAGGCAAUAUAUUGAGAAACAAGCUAAGCUUGGGGACAUGGGUGGCUUAUCCGAGAGGUGAAUCAUGGGGGGCAACAUUUCCUAGUAGUUGGGCAAUGCUUAGUGUCUGGAACAGUGGGGAGCUUUUCAAGUUGAGGCUAGGGAAUGCACCUUCAUCUUGUUUAAUGUACACACAAAGUUCACAAUUGAUGGAAACGCUUUUCCCGUGCUUUAAAUUGCCGGCCAUACCGGAGUUUUGGCAACCGUUCGGGUUCUAUUUCGUGUACGGAGUGUAUCGCGAAGGUCCGUUGUCGGGCAAGCUGGUGCGGACCCUGUGCCGACUCGUGCAUAACAUGGCUGCGAAGUCGAAGGAUUGUAAGGUCAUUGUCACGGAAGUAGGCGGUAGCGACACAUCGAGGAAUCACAUCCCGCAUUGGAAAUUCUUAUCGUGUCCGGAAGAUUUGUGGUGCAUAAAAGCCAUGAAAAACGAAGAGAGGAGCAGCCUCAUUGAAAUGAUGAAAACCCCACCAACAAGAACUCUUUUUGUUGACCCCAGAGAGGUAUGAACUAAACAAAACCUGACCCCUCUUGUCUGCCCAACUUAAAUGAACGUGAAAUUAUAUUAACCCCAAUUGACAUGUGUAUCUCAACUCCUGGUGGGGGCUUUUAUCUUGUUGCUUUCACAUGCUGACACAAAAUCUCAUAAGAUUUCCUUAAUUAGUUGCCACCCACACGGUGUCCUUUGCAUGUUACUCAUUUUUGCACCUCUUAAAUUUCGGCUA